UUCAUUGUUCUUUAUUAAGCAGACACUGUAACAGAAGUGGAAACUGAUAUUUAUGUGACAAGUUUUGGGCCAGUAUCAGACACAGAUAUGGAAUAUACAAUUGAUGUAUUCUUCAGGCAGAGCUGGUCAGACGAGCGCUUAAAAUUUGUUGGUCCCAUCAAAACCCUUCCUCUCAACAAUCUGCUAGCCAGUAAGAUUUGGACUCCAGAUACCUUCUUCCACAAUGGCAAGAAAUCAGUAGCCCACAACAUGACAACACCUAAUAAGCUACUGCGACUAAGAGAUAAUGGCACACUGCUUUACACAAUGAGGUUAACAAUCCAUGCAGAGUGUCCGAUGCAGUUAGAAGACUUCCCUAUGGAUGUCCAUGCUUGUCCUCUAAAGUUUGGAAGCUAUGCAUAUACAAAAUCUGAAGUGAGCUAUGUUUGGAUGAAUGGAAAAGAGAGAUCUGUUGAGGUUGCUAAAGAUGGUUCCCGACUAAAUCAAUAUGAUCUUAUGGGACAUGAAGCUGAUACACAACUGAUCAAAUCAAGUACAGGUAAAUACAACACUUUUCUACUUAAUUAUCACCUGGCAAUGAAGAUUGGCCACUUUUUUAUCGACACCUAUGUCCCUUGCAUCAUGACUGUCAUAUUAGGUUCUAUUUGUUUCUGGAUGAAUAGGAUCCGGAUUCUACUCAAGACUAUUUUUGGUGUUACAACAGUACUCACCAUGACAACAUUAAGCAUCAGUGCCAGAAACUCCCUUCCUAAGGUGGCGUACGCGACGGCCAUGGACUGGUUCAUAGCCGUCUGUUAUGCCUUUGUGUUUUCUGCUCUGAUUGAAUUUGCUGCAGUCAACUACUUCAUCAAAAGAAGCUGGGCUUGGGAUGGGAAGAAAGCCAUGCAAGCACAGGAGUACAAGAGAAAGGAACCUGUGGCACUGUCCAAGAAAGCAAACAACACCUACAAUAUUGUAGGGACAACAUAUACGCUGAAUAUUGCCAAAGAUCCCGGCCUAGCAACCAUUGCCAAAAGUGCAGCUGCACCUGCCAAAGUAGCUCGAGUAGAAGAAAAAGUUCUAGAAUGUAAGAAGACAUACAACAGUGUCAGCAAGGUGGACAAGCUGUCUCGCAUUGUAUUUCCUGUCCUUUUCUUCAUAUUUAACCUGGUCUAUUGGGCGACAUAUGUGAAUCGAGAACCUGUUAUUAAGGAUGCAAACCGCCCACAUUAGACUUUUGGACAGCUAAUAGACAAGGAUUUUUAGUGUUUUGUAAAUGAAACUGUGAUUUGCUUUAAAGGAGUGUGCCUAUCCAUUGUGAGUUAUAAGUCUGUUUACUAAUUGUUUAUUUUUGUUCCAUUUGGUUGUUUGUUUAGCAUGCAUGCUACUAGAUUCAAAAGGUUUACAGGUAUGUCUGAGUAUAUGUGUCUUGAAACUGCAAUUACUGAAGCAGACAUUAAGAUAAAAAAAAAUAGUGAAUGACAGUUAGUCAACUAACCAAAUGCUCAGCAAACUGCCAUGACAAGUUAUUGUCGAUGUGCAACAAUUCACUGUAGAAUAUAAUAAUAUAUAUUUUGGAUAUGUAGUGUGUCCACACUUUGCCUUCAUGUCCCAUUACAGCUAAAUUGCCAUUUACAUUACGUAGCUUAUCUUUUUUCUACAUGACAUGUUACCAAGCAUAAAUGUUCGUACCAUGCUGACAUCUGGAUAAUGUACUGUGCCCAAAUGCUGCAUAACUGAGUUCUGCAAGAGCCAUUCUAUCCCAAGAGCUAUUCAAUUCCAAAAUGAAAUUGAAAUGUGAUAUGUUACUUGAAAUAAAAUUUUAGAAUUUUAAAAUGGGAAUUAUGUAUCAAUUAAUAAUACAUCAAAUACUUAUCUGUUUAUUUAGUCGUAUGGACAUCUGUUAUGGGUCUCUUGUACAUUAAAAAAUGUGCUUCAGCUGAGGUAGUGUAUAAAACAUCAGUAACAAAUUAAAUAAAAAAAACAAAACAAACAA